AUGCAUUUAAGAGUAGUGAAUGAAACACGAAAAAUUAUGCCUAACAGUAACGAUACAAGCGAUGAAUGCAAUCAAAACGUUGUCCAUCAGAAUAUACAUGUUGUCCGUAAUAGAGAUCCACAGAUCACUAUCCAGUUGUCCAACGAAUUAUCAACUGAUUUGUCCAUCGAUUUGUCCAACGAAUUAUCCACUGAUCGCCACAAAUCAGACGAUGAAUGUCCUGUGGCCGACGAAUGCGAAACUGAACGCAAUAACAACAACAUUAGUGCGAAUCCCAAAGUAGUUCAACAACUGAGAGGUUUGGCGGAAGCGUUUGCCAAACGGGGCGAACACGUGAAGCGCCGCAUCAGUCAACCCGUCCAGACGUCGAGUGGCGAAGAGUCAAAGAGUGCCAGUUUUAGGGGUUCAGCCAUUUUCGAGGAGGAAUGGAUGCAAACGCUGGACAUCACCCGAUCCACGCUUGUGAAGAGGACGAUGUGGAAGGAGUGCUGGCAUCGGGUGCGGCGCCGGCAGUUGGGUGUGUUUGAACCCCAGAGUUCGCUAUACAUUAGUUGGCUGUUUGUCGUUUCGGUGGCCUUUGUAUAUAAUGCGGUCAUUAUUUUCCUCAGAUGUGUCUUUCCGUACGAAACAAGUAAUAAUCGAUUCGUAUUUUUUAUAUGUGAUUACAUUUGUGAUGGGAUUUACAUAAUGGAUAUGAUUUGGUUUAAAAUGAGACUGAAGUUUAUAAUGGAUGGCCAGUGGGUUGAGGACACAGUACUCAUCCGACACCACUAUUUACGCCGAAAACGGUUCAUAUCCGACGUGUUAUCUCUAUUGCCAUUAGAUUUACUUUAUUUCAAAUACGGUUUCGACAAACCGUUAUUCAGACUUUUAAGACUCAAUCGACUUUUCAAAGCGACCACUUUUUGGGAGUUCUUUACCCGAAUCGAUGCCAUUACAAAAUUUCCAUAUUUUAUCAGGAUCAUUCACACACUCAUGUAUAAAAUGUACUUGAUACAUUUGAGUUCGUGCGCUUAUUAUCUUAUGUCUUCAUAUGAGGGCUUUGGGUCCACGCCAUGGACUUAUAAUAAUGAAGGGAACGCAUAUUUGCGCUGUUUUUACUUUGCCUUCCGUACGGCCACAUCAAUCGGUGGCCGAAUGCCAAAGCCUACCAACGAUUACGAGCGCAUAUAUAUGAUAGUGAGUUGGCUGAUGGGGGUGUUUGUGUUCGCCCUUCUCAUUGGUCAGAUCCGUGAUAUCGUGGCCACAGCCACGCAAAACAAGACCCUUUAUAAAGACAUUAUGAACAAAACGGUACGGUAUAUGAGGGGCCUAUCGCUGCCGCAUAGCGUCCAGAAACGGGUCCGCCUUUGGUUGGCCUACACGUGGAACCAACAAAAGACUUUCGACGAGAAUAAGAUUCUCGAUUUACUGCCGCUGAAGAUGCGGACAGAUUUGGCCCUUUCUAUACAUUACCAUACGUUAAGUCGCGUCGAACUCUUCAAGGACUGCGAGCGGACGCUAUUGAGAGAUCUGGUCCUUAAGUUUCGUUCAGUUCUGUGUCUUCCGGGAGAUUUCAUCUGCAAAAAGGGAGACAUCGGACACGAGAUGUAUAUUGUAAACAAAGGACACGUCUGUGUUAUGGACCCCAAUGUCCCUAAUAAAGUGUUGGUCACUCUCUCCGAAGUUUUCGGUGAGAUAUCCAUACUUGGCAUUGAAGGGUACAAUCGUCGGACAGCCGACGUCCGGUCCACCGGUUAUUCCUAUUUGUUUGUGUUAAGCAAAUCCGAUCUCAUGGAGACUUUAAAGGAUUAUCCGGAAUAUAAGGAGAAUUUGAUGCAAAGAGUUCGUCGGCUUAUGAAAUGUCGGGAAGCGAUCAACGAUGAGACCAAAGCCAUGGAUGAGAUUGACGUCGAGUGUAUUGUAAACCCGGCGCAGAAGCGGCCGAAGACUCCACGACUCGUGCAAACUGUUCUGCAAGUGUUGUCCGCAGAUUCGAGAGUUUCGCAACGCUUGAGUCGCGCGUCUCAUCGGUCGUCCCGUCGAUCGUCCACCCGAUCCUCCUUCUCGUUGACACCGACGGCACUCACGCCUAAGUCGUCCACUCAUUUCCAGUUUCCAUCCAUUGAUAAUAAGAGUUCACUCAAUAAGACUCACAGUCUUGAUGUCCAGUACUCUGAGGCCGAUGAGCCCAUCGAUGACCAUCUUGUGGUCACCGAAGACUCUGUUUUCGAUGACAAUAAGUCUGUUGUUAUCGAUAAACAAUUUAUCAAUGAUAUUGUAUACGAAUUAUGA